GUGCCCCCCCCCCCCCCUCCGACUGGGUGGGCGGGGCGGGCAGAGGCGCGCAGCCGCUGGGCCUACCGCUGGCCUGGUGGGGUGGAGGGAGAGCCUGCCCCGCCCUCUGGGGCGCGCCUCCCGGAUCGGCUCGGGUCUAUGGAGGAAAAAUUCUACGCCAGCCCUGCGAUUUCCAUGGCCGCAGCCGCCUGCGGCACCAAGGCCAUGUCCCUGUUCAAGCGGACCUUGGUGCUGAGCCCCGCCGCGGCGCCCCGGGGUACGGGCGCGGGCUCCCCGCCACGCGGCUGCCCCUUGCCUCCCGCCGCCUGGCCCUCCAAGGACUGGCCGCGCGGAGAGGGCGUCUGCGGCAGGCUGCGGAGCCCACCGGUGGCCGGCCGCCUGCCCCAUUCCCACUCCUGCUCCGCCGCGUCUCCCACCGCCGUGUGUGUUCUCUGCCCGCAGGAUUCGCUCAGCAGCAGCUUGAAAACUUGCUACAAGUAUCUCAAUCAGACUAGUCGCAGUUUCGCAGCUGUCAUCGAGGCGCUGGAUGGGGAAAUGCGCCAUGCGGUAUGCAUAUUUUAUCUGGUCCUCCGGGCUCUGGACACUCUGGAAGAUGACAUGACCAUCAGUGUAGAAAAAAAGGUCCCACUGUUGCACAACUUCCACUCUUACCUUUAUGAACCAGACUGGCGGUAUAUGGAGAGCAAGGAGAAGGAUCGACAAGUGCUAGAGGACUUCCCAACGAUCUCCCUCGAGUUUAGAAAUCUGGCUGAGAAAUACCAAACGGUGAUUGUUGACAUUUGCCGGAAAAUGGGAUUUGGGAUGGCGGAGUUUUUGGAUAAACACGUGACAUCCGAACAGGAGUGGGACAAGUACUGUCACUAUGUCGCCGGGCUGGUGGGAAUUGGCCUUUCCCGUCUGUUCUCAGCCUCAGAGUUAGAGGACCCCCUAGUUGGUGAAGAUGUAGAACGUGCCAAUUCUAUGGGCCUGUUUCUGCAGAAAACAAACAUCAUUCGUGAUUAUCUGGAAGACCAACGAGAAGGAAGAGAGUUUUGGCCUCAAGAGGUUUGGAGCAAGUAUGUUAAGAAGUUGGGUGAUUUUGCUAAGCCACAGAAUAUUGACUCGGCUGUGCAGUGCCUGAACGAACUUAUAACCAACGCACUACACCACAUCCCAGAUGUCAUCACUUACCUUUCAAGACUUAGAAACCAAAGUGUGUUUAACUUCUGUGCUAUUCCACAGGUAAUGGCCAUUGCCACUUUGGCUGCCUGUUACAAUAACCAGCAGGUGUUCAAAGGCGUAGUGAAGAUCCGAAAAGGACAAGCAGUAACUCUAAUGAUGGAUGCCACCAAUAUGCCAGCUGUCAAAGCUAUAAUAUACCAGUAUAUGGAAGAGAUUUAUCAUAGAAUUCCCAGCUCAGACCCAUCUUCUAGUAAAACAAGACAGAUCAUCUCCACCAUCAGGACACAGAAUCUUCCCAAUUGUCAGCUGAUUUCCCGAAGUCACUACUCCCCUAUUUACCUGUCAUUUGUCAUGCUCUUGGCUGCCCUGAGCUGGCAGUAUCUGAGCACCCUGUCCCAGGUCACAGAAGACUAUGUUCAGACUGGAGAGCACUGAUUGGGUAAGAGUGGGAGCUAAUGCUCGCCGUGGAAUAGACUGACCUUUCCUUCAAGGAAGGAUGUUGGUUUCCCCCUCCCCCUCCAUUUCCCUCCUGCUCUAAUUCCUAAGAGAACUCUGUGGACUUGGACCUUUAGAAACUGUGACAUGCAGUUGAGAAGAUGACGAUAAAAGGGAAGGAUAGCUCACCCUCGGCUGGCAGGUACUUGUGGGCAUGCUCACAUCUGCGCAAGGUGGCCAACAGCCGGGUGCUCCUCACUGCAGGGCAGAGGAAAUGGUUGCGUAUGGGGUUGCUGAGAGAUCUUAUUUCGUGUGAGUCCUGGCUAGAAUUCUAAUGAAAUGUAUUUAAUAUGAAGCAACCUCGGAACACAUGUCCUAGCAGGAAGUGAAUUUUUCUCGGUUUGGUUCUGAUUUUUCUCAUUUUGUUUUCUCUUCAGUUGAUUUGAAUGUGGCAGAUGUCAGUGUUUGUAGCUCUAGGUGGUGGUCCCACGUUUCCUAAGAAUGCAACUGUCUUCUGCACGUGAAGGCUAAGGAUUCACUUCUGGGUGUUCUGGAAUGGUUUCCUCAUUUAAAAGGAGAUUAGCUUUCCCAGAGAAACUGCAGGAUUGCCUUUGGCCCCAUUGUAGAAGACUGGCCUCCAGUCAAGGCUGACUUUUUGAGAAGACACUAUAUGUAAAGAUACGUUUGUAAAAAAGAAUGGAAUUACUCUGCAUUUGUCAAGGGCAGUUCACUUGAAAGCCUGGAGGCACAUGGCAAAUAAGAACUCAAGAGCGGAGUUAGUGAUCGAGGGCCAGGGGGCCUGGCCUGCUGCUGCCCACAGAGCGGACCAGAGCGGUACCAAGAGCGAGGAUCCAGCUGCCUGGCCCCAGCUCCACUGCACCCGCCGGAGAUGAGCAAGUGACAGCAUUGCCUCACUGCCCAGCCCGUAACCUGCAUUAACUCUGCCAGCCUACUCUAAAGUGGGCCAAUUCUCUUAGCCACAGCAGAUUUUAUUACAUCCAGGGGGCUUGUGGUUGUGGUUGUGGUUGUUGUUAUUUUGUCCUUUGUUUCUGUUUUUAAAAAAAAAAAAAAAAAAUCACGUUUAUACACUGAAGUUUCAACAAAGACAAAAAUGUUUUCAGGUGAUGGGCUGGGAAGCCGAAUGUACUUAGCCUAAUUCUUCUAGCAUCGCUGUUUGCCUUCUUCUUUACUCCCACGCAGCCGGGGUUGGUGAUGCGUUCUCACCCAGUGACUCACCGAGAAUCUCAGCCUGGACCAGGGAGGACCCCUCUCUAGGGGUGUUUGAAAAAGCCCCUCAAGCUGAGCAAUCACUGUCGUAGGGCAUUAAAGUGCUUUCUAGAAGCCAUUAAUGCUCUCCAUGUACAUAGUAUAUAGUCUACUCUUUUGCUGCUGUCCUUUGUGGAUGGUGACUUAAUCACCGAAGUUGAGGGUUUUCCCCAGCAAUAAUAUUGGCCUUGCAUUGUUAUACGCACACCCACACUGAUUUUCGUCCUGUGACUGCCACCGCCUGACACAAUGGCUUAGUUUUGGUCUGUGGGAGCUGCAGUUGGUUGAUUGGUUUGGGGCUCAGUUCUGGACAAACUUGUCACCACACUGAAGCCAAAGUCCUUUGCCACCUGGAGUACAGCUGUGAGCCGCACUCAACAGUAAUUUCCCAAGUAAUUUAAACAUCGGAAUUUGGUUAAAGAUUCCAAGGUAGGUUGUUAUAAAUUUGUGCGUUGAAGUCUCAGAUUAGUUCUGUCCUGUGUAGAACACAGGACAACUUGGUGGAGAGCCUUGGUCGGAGGUGGAUGUACCGGAAGUUUUCCUCCUGGCUCACUUGUGACCUGUGCGACUUUCUAAGCUUCUGUAAGGUUUAUUAGAUGACCUUCCAGGUCCCUCCCAACUGUAAAGCUGUGGAAUUUUUCCUAUCGUUGACUUGUGCCAAGGUCUUAGCUCUACUGUCCACUCCUGAGUGCUUUGGAAGACCAUUGCCCUUCUGUUUCUCUAAAUUGCCAUGUAAAAUACAGGAUACGCAGUUAAACUUGAAUUGCAGACAUAAUAGUGUUUUUUAGUAGAAUUAUGUCCCCCAAAUUGUAUGGGACUUUUUUCUUUUAAUGUUUAUUUUGAAAGAGCAUGUGAGCGAGAGGGGGAAGGGCAGAGAGAGGAGAGAAUCCCAAGAGGGUCCUGCACUCAGUGCGCAGAGCCAGACACAGGGCUCCAUCUCACAAACCUUGAGAUCAUGAGAGCCGAAAUCAAGAGUCAGACGCUUAACCGACUGAGCCAUGCAGGUGCCCUGCACAGGAUAUAUUUCUACUAAAAAAUUACUUGAUCUGAAAUUCAAAUCUAAUUAAGCAUCCUUUAUUUUUGUUAAAUCUGGCCACCUCACUCUGCUCCACACUAAUUAUUCAUCAAAUAUUUAGCAUCUCUGGCCCAUAGUCUACUUGAUUUCUACUUACAGUGAAGUAUUUUUUAGCUUUUCCUCAGAGGAGGAUCUGACCCAUCUGAAUCUAAAAUUCCAUUAUAACAGACCUGAGCAGGAACCUGCUCUCCACACUCUGGGAGCUUCUAGAGCUCCAGGUAAGGCCUGUGCAGACACACAGAGCCACCUAUCUCCCUUUGGGAAAGUGCUUGGAGCAAUUACCCAGAAGCCCAUUCAAUCAGAACCAUUUCUCUGGGUCCGGCAUGCACAUGUGCAUAGGGGAGGAGACAUGGCUAGCCAUUUGUUAAUUAUUCUUAGCAGCUUUGGAAGCAGAGCUCUAAGGCUGUGGUUCUCAGCCUUUAGUAUCAGAGUUGCCUGAAGGUCCCAGAUUGCUAGGACCAUUUGUCUCUCAGGUCUGGAGCGGUAUCCCAAAACUUGCAUGUUAAGCUCUCAGGUGAUACAAAUACUGCUGCUGGACAGGAGCCCAGUUUGAGAACCACUGCUCUAAGGCCUUAUUCUUCAAACUUGAGUGAACAUAUUGAAUUACCAGGAGUCUUGUUAAAUUACAAAUGCAGACUGAGGUCUGGCCCAAAUUCUGCAUUUCUGACAAGCUAGGUGAUGGCCAUGCUUUUCAAGUGUAGCUAUCUGAUGUAUGUGAAGAGUGGGACAGGUUCAACUGUGUGCUCAGAUGCGAAGUCUAAACUAAAAUCACGUCCUUCUCCAGGGAAUAAACGAAAAGGCACAGACGGUCACUUCCAUCUAUCAGGACAGGCACCCCAGGAAAACAUGGCACCAAUUGAACUGAGGUGACAGGGUGGUGGUCAGUGAGGUAAUUUGAGGUUUAUGAAAGAAUUGACAUCGAUUCCAAUCCUAAAUAGACAUUGUUUUAUUUUCUAACAAAGACUCAAGCUGACCCUGAGGAUGCCAUGAAGUUCAUUUGGGUACUUCGUUUUAGGGCAGCUCUUUCGCCUUCCAGGGGGGAGGAUGGGCUGCAGGUGGGCACGUGGCAGACAGGAUGGAAACGGGAUCAUUCAACUCCAUUUGGAGAGCAGGUCGAAUUUGUUAGAACUACAUUGAGGUUAUGAAUGUCUUCUGAUUGCAAUUUUAAGAAUAAAGCGAUUGCAAAAUU